GUUCGAGCGCGGCCAUGGCGGAGCCGGGGACGGAGCCGGAGCGGGGCCGGGAGCCGGUGACGGCCGAGGCCGUGCUGAGGGAGCUGCGCCUCUUCGAGCUGCGCUGCCAGGGCGAGGAAGUGCCCGACAAGCUGGUGGAGCUGUGCCUGAGCCACGGGCUGGGCCCGGUGGCCUUGGCCAACGAGCUGCUGGCCUUCGUCACCAGCAAGGACCUGGAGCCCCAGCUCACCCCCGAGGGCCUGGACGCCUUCGAGCACGAGGUGCUGGCCAAGCGCGGCCGGCGCGGCCGGGACGAGCGCCGGGGGCUCCCCCACGACAUCCACUCGCUGCAGGAGCUGCUCAGCGAGGAGCAGGAGGACGAGCUGCUGGACGCCUACGCCACCCCAUCCAAGGGCUCCCAGAAACGCAGCAAUUCCACCCCAGAGACGCCCCGGCCCAAGCGGGCGCCGUCCUCCCGCAGCCCCUACGGGCUCUUCUCCCCGGGCAGCUUCUCCCCGAGUGUCACCCCCUCCCAGAAAUACUCGUCCCGGGGGGGCCGGGGCGAGGUCGUGGCCUCGUUUGGCUCCGAGCCGGGCCCGGCCUGGCGCGGCCGCGGCGGCUGCAGCGUGCGAGUGUUCGGCAACGGCCUCGGCAAACCCUACAAGUUCAUGUUCCAGAAAGCGCUGGACGUGCGGGAAGUCCUCGCCAGCCGUGUGGAGGAGCUCGGGGAGGUUCUGCGCCGGCACCACGGCCUGGACGGCUUCAGCUCCACCGCGCUGCCAGCCCAGGAGCCGGUGACAGUGCUGGGUCACAUCGGCUGCGAUGGCAACGGGCGCCUGAACCCGCAGUCCGUGCUGCUGCUGGGGGACCGAGAGCACUCGGGGGGAGCCCCUGUGCCCCUGGACCUGUCAGAGCUGCAGGAAUAUUCCCUGUUCCCAGGGCAGGUGCUGGCUGUGGAAGGCACCAACAGCACGGGCAGGAGGUUGGUGGUGUCCAGGCUCUACGAGGGGGUCCCGCUGCCCUUCCACAGCCCCACGGAGCCCAUGGCAGAGCAGAGGAUGGUGCUGGUGGCCUGUGGUCCCUUCACGCCCUCAGACGGCGUCGCCUUCGAGCCCCUGAGCGACCUCCUGGAGCUGGUGGGGCGGGAGCGGCCGGACGUGCUGCUGCUGUUUGGGCCCUUCCUGGACGCCAAGCACGAGCAGGUGGAGCAGAGCUGCCAGCUGCCAGGCUCCUUCUCAGACGUGUUCAGGCUGUGCCUCAGGACCAUCGUGGAGGGCACCCGCAGUGCUGGCUGCCAGCUGGUGCUGGUUCCCUCCCUCAGGGAUGUGUGCCACGAUUUCGUGUACCCACAGCCUCCCUUCCCCUGCCAGGACCUGCCCAAGGAGGACAGAGCGCGGGUGCUGCUGGUGUCCGAGCCCUGCACCCUGGACAUCGACGGCGUCGUGUUCGGCCUGAGCUCCACGGACCUGCUGCUGCACCUGGGGGCUGAGGAGAUCAGCAGCUCCUCCGGGAUCAGCGAUCGCUUCACGCGGAUCCUGCGGCACGUGCUGACCCAGCGCAGUUUCUACCCCCUGUACCCGCCCUCCGAGGAGCUGAACGUGGAUCUGGAGGCGCUGGCGGCGUUCGCGGCGCUGCCGGUGACACCCGACGUGCUGGUGACACCCUCGGAGCUGCGGUUCUUCAUCAAGGACGUCCUGGGCUGUGUCUGCAUCAACCCCGGGCGCUUGACCAAGGGCCGGACCGGGGGCACCUACGGGAGGCUGCUGCUGAGGAGGGACAGGGCAGGGGACAGGGCUGGGGACAACGGGGACAGGGCUGGGGACAGCGCUGGGGACACUCCUGGGGACACUCCCAGGGACACCCCCCGGAGCAGCCCCUGUGUGGCCGCCCAGGUCGUGAGGAUUUGAACUCCCAGCUCUGCCCGAGCCCCACCCACGGCUGCAGGACCAGGAAAUGGGAUCAAAGUCCAGGAAUUUGGGUGAAAGUCCUGAAAUUGGGGUUCAGACUCCAGGAAUUGGCGUUGAAACUCCUGAAAUAUGGGUGAAAUUGAAAUUCAGGUUCAGACUCUGGAAUUCGGAUUCAAACUCCAAGAAUUCAAGUUCAAACUCCUGGAAUUUGGUUGAAAAUUCCUGGAAUUGGGGUUCAAACUGAAAUCCAGGUUCAGACUCCUGGAAUUUGGGUUCAAACUCCUGAAAUUUGGGUUGAAACUCCUGAAAUUGGGUUGAAUCUCCUGAAAUUUGGGUAAAAGCUGAAAUUCAGGUUCAAAGUCCAGGAAUUCAAAUGCAAAUUCCUGGAAUUUGGUUGAAAAUUCCUGGAAUUUGGGUUCAGACU